AUCACCGCCAAGUCUUGGAUCGUUUGCAAGACUGAUACCGUGGUCAGUAGAACCGACAAAUAUUCACCUCGACUGAACCUGGCCUGCGCAGGAUCUCCGCGGUGUGGACUUGGACUUGCUUCUGAGAGCCUUUUACAAUUUAAAGUUACCCACCGGGAUAUGUUAUUGCUCCCACAAGACGCCGGAGUCGGAGGCAGUCACCCAGGAAUGUAUACCCUCAACUCCCCAGCUUCUGGUGCCGCUAGCUAUGUCGCCUCGGUUAUCCGAUGCACUGGCAGAAAGUCCAGCAUCGUAUCUCCAAGGAGAAGAAGAUGGCUGCCACAUCGCUGUUACUUUUUACCAAAUUCUGCAGGUGACAGAGGACGAGACUUUACAUCUGGACAGACUGUAGAAGCACGAAACAAACAACUAUGGAGAGAACGAACGACCGGAUAGAGAGCUUGAUGCUUUCUACCUUGUUCAGAAAUUAAAUGAUUAAGAGAAGACCUGAUGAAUUAAUUCUAGGAGAAUAGGCAUUGGCAAAUGCUCUGCACUUGUAUUUCUGUGGUAGUGAUACUUCCCCUGGCAAUGAUAAUAACAGCUAAAACAAUCUUAAUUUGCUUUGAUGAUCUCUUGCUUCGUCACCUACCCCUUUCCCCAUGAUGCUUAACACGGUACCUGGACAGGAUAUCCAUCCGGGCGGAGGAUCUACUUCCG